GUGGCGGAGCGCGGUUGCUAGGGGCGCUUGGGCCCAGGAGGAGGAAGGAGCUGCGCGGUGCAGGCCCCCGCCGAGGACUAUGGCACCCGAGACCUCAGGAGCCCCGCGGCCCGGGACCCCCCGCCGCCGGCCGUGACAUGGCCCCCCAUGGCGUCCGUGGGGACCGAGCCCUAUAGCCCGGGCCUGUGCCGGGGGGCCGAGACCCCCCAGCCCUGGGCCCAGGCCCGCCGGCAAGUCAAGCCCAUCUGGCGUCUAGAACAGAGGCCCGUGGGGACCCCGGGGGAGCCGGGGCUCCCGUCGCCGGCGGGGCUCCCGCGGCCCGCGCCGCUAUGCGGCCCCCCGCAGCCCCCCGCGGACCCGGCCGGGGCCACCCUGCUGUACCGGCGAGCCAGCCUUAGACCCAAGCCCUACCAGCGCCUCGAAGCCAUCUGCCUUCGGUCCGGGCCCGGGGACGCCAGGACCCUCCCGGUCCCCGGCCGGAGCCCCCCGCUCAGCUGCCCGCCGCCCCCGGCCGGGGCCAUGGGGGAGCGGACCCCCAGGCUCCCCCCGCCCGGCCCACCCACCCACCCCUACAAGCCGCUGCUCAACCCCAACUCGUUCCUGCGGCCGCACAGCGCCCGGGCGCCUUCGCGGCGGACCCCGGAGAGCCGGAAGCCCCCCACGCCCCCCGCCACCCUGCCGCCCGCCCCCUGGGCCCACCCCGGGGCCACCGGGGACGGGCCACCUUGCCCGGCCGAGCCCGAGGGCGGCGGGGCCUCCUCGGAGCGAGGGGCCCCGCCGUCCCCCAGCGCGGCUCGGAGACCCCCAUCCCUGGGGUCCCUCCGCCCCCCAGAGCUCCCCGAGGGUCCCCGGGUGGUCAGCCGGGAGAUCCGGCUGACGGAGGCCGUGCGCCGGCUGGCCGGGCGGGGGUUCGGGCGGCCCGGCUUCGAGCCGGCCUGCCUUCUGGACCCCGGCUCCCCCAGAAACCCGUGGGGGGGCACCGGGAGCCGGUGGAAGCCCCCCCUGCAAGACCCCGCACCCGGGGCCGACGGCCCCCGCCCGCCGCCCGCCAAGCUGCCCAGCGUGGCCGACGUGGCCCUCCGCAUCUCUUCCGUCCAGCUCGGGGGGGAGGCCCGGAAGACCCCCUGGGAGCGGGGCACGCCUGCUGCGGAAGACCCCGAGGACGCCGGACCCCAGCCGGGCCCGGCCGAGUCCGAGGUCCUCGAGGAUGCGGAGGAGGAGCUGGCGGACGGUCUGGGGGACGACGGUCUGGGGGACGGCUGCAGCCAGGACGAGGAAGAGGGGUCCGAUGACUCCGAGGACGACUGCUCUUCCGCCAGCUUCGUCUCCCCCAGCGGCUCCGUGGCCGUCAUCUCCCGGAGCUGCAUGGAAGCCCUGACCCAGAGCCAGGACAAGGUCGUCCGUGCUGCCCUGACUUCCAGCCUCUUCCCCAACGUCCCCCCAACCCUCUACUUUGGGACUCGAGAUGAAAGAGUGGAGAAGCUGCCCUGGGAGCAGAGGAAGCUGCUGCGCUGGAAAAUGAGCACGGUGACCCCCAACAUCGUCAAGCAGACCAUCGGCCGCUCCCACUUCAAAGUCAGCAAAAAGAACGAUGACUGGCUUGGUUGCUGGGGCCAUCACAUGAAGUCUCCCAGCUUCAAGACCCUCCGCGAACAUCAGAAGCUGAACCACUUCCCGGGCUCGUUCCAAAUCGGGCGGAAGGACCGGCUCUGGAGGAACCUGUCCCGCAUGCAGAGCCGCCACGGCCGGAAGGAAUUCGACUUCUUCCCGCAGUCCUUCAUCCUGCCCCAGGACGCCAAGCCCCUGCGCCAGGCCUGGGAGGACGGCGGCGGUCGGCACAAGUGGAUCGUCAAGCCGCCAGCGUCCGCCCGAGGCAUCGGGAUCCAGGUCAUCCACAAGUGGAGUCAGCUGCCUAAGCGCCGGCCCCUUCUGGUGCAGAGGUACCUGCACAAACCCUACCUCAUCAGCGGCAGCAAGUUCGACCUGCGGGUUUACGUCUACGUCACCUCCUACGACCCCCUCCGCGUCUACCUCUUCACCGACGGGCUGGUCCGCUUCGCCAGCUGCAAGUACUCCCCUUCCAUGAAGAGCCUCGGUAACAAGUUCAUGCACCUGACCAACUACAGCGUCAACCGGAAAAAUGCGGAGUACAAGGCCAACGCCGACCAGACGGCCUGCCAGGGCCACAAGUGGGCUCUGAAGGCCCUGUGGGCCUACCUGAACCAGAAGGGAGUGAACAGCGAGGCCAUUUGGGAGAAGAUCAAGGAUAUAGUCGUCAAAACCAUCAUCGCGUCGGAGCCGUACGUGACCAACCUGCUGAAGAUGUACGUGCGCCGGGCUUACAGUUGCCACGAGCUCUUUGGCUUUGACAUCAUGCUGGACGAGAACCUCAAGCCGUGGGUGCUGGAAGUCAACAUCUCCCCGAGCCUCCACUCCAACUCGCCGCUGGACGUGAGCGUCAAAGGCCAGAUGAUCCGAGACCUCCUGAACCUGGCCGGCUUCGUCCUGCCCCACGCGGAGGACCGGAGCUUCCCCUCGGACGGAUGCGGCGGGUCCACGGCCAGCCCCCCGAGCCCGGCCGGGGCCAAGGACCGCCUGGGUCCCGAAUACUUCAUGGCGGAGAAGUUGAAGCGCGCCCACUUCCUCAUGCAAAAGCUGCCCGACCAGGAGCUGUACUCGUCGGUGCUGGACGUGCUGACCCCGGGGGACGUGCGGGUCCUGGUGGAGACGGAGGACGAGUUCUCGCGCCGCGGCCAGUUCGAGCGCGUCUUCCCCACGCGGGCGUCCGCCCGCUACCUGCGCUUCUUCGACCAGCCCCGCUACUUCAACAUCCUCACCACCCAGUGGGAGCUCAAGUACCACGGCGGCGACAAGCUCAGGGGGGUGGACCUGCUGCGGCGAUGGUGCUUCAGAGGGUUUCACACGGGGGCCGGGAGCGACUCGGAUUCUGCGCCCGUGUGGACCUUGCCUCGCUCCCAUCUCCUCCUGAAGGGCGACUCCUGGGUCCAAAGCCUCUGCACGCCGGACGCGGGCAAGCCGGGGAAGCCCCCCGACGUCAAGGAGGCCGAGGACGGCCCCCCUGGGCAGGCUCUGCCCCUGAUCAAGACCCCGGAGCCGAGCGACAGACCCCCGGCCGCGGACAGUGAGCCCCCCGUCCCCGAUCGGCCUCCCCCGACCCCCCAGGGCCUCUAGCUACCUCACGGGCCUCCGUCCCGGCCACCGCGACCCAGAGGACCGGCCGGUCCGGGCCUCCGCUCCGGGCCCCUCCGGAGGCUUUUCGGGAAAGGUCAGAGGGCGAGCGAGAGAGCG